ACUAUCGGUAGAAAAAUACAUUGUACACAGUCCGUACGUAUCUUCAGUCUGUGACGGAUAAGAUCAGUAUAGAGGAUAAUUCACGAAUGCACGUUUCUUCGAAAGAAAAUAGAAAUGACUAUUGUUAAUAGUAAUCGAUGCAGAAUACCAACGAAAGAGGACACACAGGCAGACGAAGGAUGCAGACCGGAAUGAUAUUGCUGGUGAUAGCGGCGGCGUUGCUGCGCGGCGGUUGCGGCAGCUCGGUGUCCAUCAAGAUGCCGUACCUGAGCCCGGCCGGUGUCACUUACAUCAACAACGUGGACUCCCAGGACCUGACUUACGCGUUCCCCGCGAACGUCCAGGCUCACCACGUCGGAUACGCCGCUGCUCAGGUACCUACGGUCGCCGCCGUGCCAUUCGUGAAACACGUGCCCACCGUGUCCCACGUGCCCGUGACCAAGUACGAAGAUCACCCGGUGGUCCUGGAGAAACAAUUAGACGUGGUGAAGCCGGCCGUUCAAACCCGUAAAUUCGAGGUCCGCCGUCCAGCGAUCCAGAAGCAAUUCUACGACAUCGAAGAACGCGUGGUGGUUCGGCCAGCCGGCUCGGCUGUGGUCGAGCUCGAGCAACCGACUUCCAAGGUCCAGAAGGGACCGGCCGUGCUCCAGCCGUAUUAUCCUCAGCAGUUCGAAGGCAUCUACAACUUUGCUCCCUCGACGAUUGCCCCGCCCAUCUCUUCGACUCCUGCCCCCGCCUCGAACGACGAGGGCGUUGUCGUGGAGAACCCAGACUUCCGUAAGCUGCAGGAACAGGCUGCCAGGCUGAAUCCCCAGGUGAGAACCGGCUCGAAUGCCGCCGACGAGCCCUUCGUUGCCGCUGAUCCGUCGCCGAGCGUGAUCGUCAGUCCCAACUCCGCUCCUGAGGAGAACAGAAACAAUCAGAACAGGCUUCUCGAGCUUCUCACGGCUCGCGGGAACGUAGCCGAGGUCGGUUUCGGACGAUCCGGGCUCGCGAAGACCGCUUUGGAGGAGGUCGGCCGCGUCAGAGGUCGAGUGCUGUCCGCGAUGUCAGCUCCGGACAACGCGGAGCCAGCCGACGAACGGGUGUCGACGCGCCGCGUGGUCGUCACCAGGCCCAUCGAGACUCUUCAGGAACUGAACGUGGUGGAGCCGGCGACGAAAAUCGAGAGGGUCUCCUAUCAGCAGCCGAGUUUCAUCAAGACGGCCCGCCUCGACCACAUUCCGGUUCACAGCUCCAUCCCCGUUUACGGAAAAGCUUUGACUCCAGCGGUAGCCCACGCAGCCUUCCCCGUUUACCAGAAGACCAUCUCACCGGUCUACUAAUUUUACCGAUGA